AAGAGGGAAACGGGGGUUAGGAGAGAGCUGGUAGCAGCAGCAGCAAUAGGAGCUGGUCAGGGACUCCAGUUGCAAUGGGCCCCGAUGGUGCUGAAUGGAGCAUGGGCCAGGUUUUAGGGUUUGCCCGCUGCAAGGAAUCUGGUUCUAUCUCCACCACACCUGACUCCACCCCUUCCAGCACUGAAGGCAGAGAUGAAGAGUCAGAUUUCCCUGAGCUGCAGACAGCUCGGGACUGGUCGAAGGAUGAAGAGGAGGAGGAGGAGGUGGGGGGUGGGGGAGGCUGCCCGCUGGUUUGGGGGACCCCUUGCCAGAACUCCUGUGAGCUCACCUUCUCCUACAUCACCUUCGCGGAACCGGAGGCCGGCCAAUCACAACAGGACUCUGUGGGGGCGAGGAGGAGGCAGAGCCGGACGGCUGGACUGAGCAGGACUGACACAGCCGAGACUCUCCUCCCCGACACGACCAGGAGCUCUCCACUGGGGGAUGACUCCUUUGCACAGUGGGAUCCCGCUUUUUCCUUAGUGGAAGAUUCCAAGACUUGGGAACAGGGUUUAUCCGAGGACCUUCAGGGCACUCCUGAGUGGAGCUUGGAAUACCAUCUCCAGCCUGGGAUUUCAGAGCCCUUGGGAGGACAGAGGGACAGAAUUCCGGAUGGACAGAUUUCCGAGACGGAGGAUGUCACUCCCAGGAGUUCAGUAAUCCCUGAGUCGCUGCAGUCCAGCGCUGACCCCUACGUGACCUCAGAUCCCACCACGCUACUCUUUACCACACUGCCAGGGGCGGGGCAUCAGUACUCCCACCCCAUUGGUCUACACAGUCAGGAAGAGCAAAUCAGUGAGCAGUGGUACACAGCGUUAACCCAAUCAGAGAGCCCGAAAGGAGGCAUGCUCCUAUCAGUGGUCUCAGAGCUCAUCUACUGGAAGGACUCCAAGCGGACGGGCGCUGUGUUCACCGGCCUGGUGGUGGCGCUCAUCUCCCUGUCUCAGCUCAGCAUCAUCAGUGUCAUCUCCAACCUGGCCUUCCUCCUCAUGUGUGUCACCCUGGGCAUGCAGCUCUACACCAAGAUCCUGCAGGUCUUGAACAAGUCUGAUGGAGCCAGCCCCUUCCAGAAGUACCUGGAUAUCGAUAUCAGCCUCUCUCAGAAGCAGACGCAGCACUAUGUCGACAGGGUCAUUGUAAUGGGCACAGUGGCCGCCAUUGAGCUGAGGAGACUUGCUCUCGUUGAGGACUUCAUUGACUCCUUGAAGUUUGCAGUUCUCAUGUACUUGCUGACUUACAUUGGAGCUGUGUUCAAUGCCCUUACUCUCCUCAUUAUAGCUGUGAUCUGUGUUUUCUCUCUGCCGCUGCUUUACAGACAACACCAGGUGCAGAUUGACAAGUAUGUGGAGCUGGUCAGAGUACAGCUCAGUGACAUCCGUGCAAAGAUCCAGGCGAAAAUUCCAAGUGCCAAACCCAAGGAGGAGUGAGUCGGGUCAGAACACACAAAGUCUUUAAUUAGAGAUCCUCAUUGUCAAUUUUUAUAGACCGUAUAGAACUCCCAAUCUAAUUAUGUGUCCUAUCCACUGGGCUGCAGGGAGAGAUGAAUAUAACGAACGACAGAAAAGAUUCAUAAAAAAAAUGGUCCUCCUGAAAAGAUCCUACAGCUAAAUGUUCUGUAGACAUUCUAAACAAAAAUGGAAAGCAGCAAAACAUUAGUGUAAAACCAAGAGAACACGUGUGAAUAAUCCUUCCUAAUCCCUUUGAAAACCAACACAUAGACGUUGUCCCGAUGUUUAAUCUAUCCAAAUACAAUGUUAUCGAAGUUAUAAGGCCCUCAGUCUACACAGUAAUCCCCCUCUCAAUUUCUGGGGCACUAUUCCCAAAGCUACAAAAUGGCUUAUUUCACUGUUUAAAGAAAGGUAUUUCAGGAUAUUGCACCAUUAAACAUAGAAUGCAUUAAAGCAAAAAAAAAACAUUUUGUGAAAUAUCCCCUUCUUCUUCUUAUACUGGCCAGAGCGAUCUUUAGUAGAAAUAUUUCUGAUCUUUGAUGCAACUGUUUUUUCUUUCUUUGAAGUCGUUUUAAAAAUAAAUUGUGCAGCUCAGUGCAGUGUGUUCAAUCAUUCACCGGAAGCAAACUAAACCGGCUGCCAGGUUCCUAAUGCAGCGGAACAGGCAGCGCGUCAAUAAGGCAAACGUCUGCUGUAUUUAUUUUUAAAUGAUAAAAAAAAUGCAUGUCUUAUUCAUGAGUGAUUUUUUUCAAAUCUGUUUUAAUGAAUAAAAUAUUGUUUGAUACUUCUGAAACUUUCACAGGGUGUUUUUAAAGAUGCCAACACUGUCAUAGACUUAAAAACAGACUUUGAUCAUCAAUUCUCUAAAGAAUCUAAUUUCAGUUUUCUCUAACAGAAAUUUUGUACAAAAAAGCAACUUCAAAAACCACCCAAUGCCCCUUGAAAUCAUGUACAAAUACCCCUCCCCAGACUUCACCCCUUACCUACUAGUCCCUCUUCCAUACAACCACCCCACUAAACAAACAUAAUUCAUUAAUACAUUUAUUUAUUCAUUACAAUUUUUUUCCCCCUCUAUUUAGUUUUGAAUACCUGGGUGGAGUAAUUCUUACCCCUUUCUGUAUACUAUGACCACUACAUACUUUGUCCUCUCACUCCAGAGAAACUAGUGAUGAUAAUGAUAAAUAUGAUCAAAGAUUAUCUCAAAGAUUCAGCAGCAAAAGCAUGGCUUGGUAACCAAUUCUAGACUCUCUCUGUGAGAACAAACAUGUCUCCUACUCUCUGUCUCUACUUAAUUCCCAACCAAAUCAAAUAGAUUCAACCUAAGAGAAAAAACGACACUGUCAGGUUGAAAAUCAUGACUACUUCACUUGAGAUCUCAGUAUGAUAUCAGUGUAUUCCCCACAUAAAACCAAAACCACACAGCAAUGGCAACGCAAUGGAUUUGGAUCCCAUAUUGCCCACUGGAUUACCAGAAGUGUGUAUUGUGUGGUCAUACCACUGGGAUUUCAUUGAUAUUUCAAAUACGAGACCAUUGUGGUGUCUUACCAAUUGCAGGCUCAUCCCUUUGUAGCUUCCCUUGUGCUUCAGCCAUUGUGUCCCCAUUGAAGUGUCCCCAAUGGGAACACAGCGGGAACACAAAGUCUUAAUAAAGGAUUCAAAUCCAAAUGGCAUUCUUUUUGUAUUGUUAACAAGUAAAAGACUACUUUUCAACAACUUGCAAUAAAUAAGUAGCCAAAAGAAAA